UGACAGCAUAAUCAAACAGCAGAGCACACAAGAUGUACAAAACAAGCUUUCAAAUGAAAACAGUGAGUGGUUGAGUGGUGAUGGGAAAAAUAGAGGAAGACGAACAUGUGAAGGAUAGUGAGACCGAGAGAAAUGAAGAGGGAGGUGAAGAAGAGAGUCUUGCUGAGGAAGAAGAUGAAAGUGAGGGGGUUGGGCAGGAACAGGAGAACAGUGCUGUUGAAGAUGAAGAAGAAAGAGAGAGCGAGAAUUAUGAAGAUAGAGGAGAGAGUGCUCAACAGGGAGAGGAGGACAGGGAAGAAGAGGAAAGUGAGGCAACUGAAAAGGACGAGGACGAGGACGACAGCAAUAGCGUACAGAGUAGCAAAAGUGAGGGAGAGAUGAGUAAAGGAGGAAAAAAGUGGAGAUGAGACUAAAA